AUGUCUCGCCUUUCGCCGUUCCCGACGUUCCGCGCCGAGUCCCGCGCCAGCGUCGCCGCCUCCGACACGACGUACCACACCUGCGCCUACCAGAGCUUCCACGACGUCGAGCUCUACGCCCCCAGCUCGCCGCCCUCCAGGACCCCUGUUCCGGUACCGGCGUCGCCGCCCUCGUCCUCCCACCAGGACCACUGCUCUCGCCCGGACCGCUACCCUCACCACAAGGACGCCGAGCCCGAGACGGCCGAGAUGCGCCGCCAGGACUCCGGUUACGAGUCCCUCCCGCCGCGGUCCUCCUUCUCCAACCCCCGCCGCUCGUCGACGGCGUCGUCCUCCCAGUCGUCCUCCCACCCCCGGUCCCGCGGCCGUCCGACGAUCCGCCGCGCGCCCAAGACGAGCCCGUACCCCGCGACCGCCCGCACCAGCGGCAGCAGCCUGUACCACCCGCAGCAGCAGCGCCAGCGCCUCCACUCGGCGCACUCCCAGCUCCCCGUGACCUUCUUCCACUUCCCGGCGCACCCCACCGACGUCGAGCUCGCCGCCCGACGGCCGCGCGAGGACGUCGAGCUCGAGCAGCGCGAAGGGUGCGCCGAUGUCGCGCCGCUGCCGCCGCAGGCGACGCACUACUGGACCAGCGACCGGACGCGGCGGCUCGAGUACGCCGCCAUCGACGCCGCGAGCCGCGGCGUCAAGGGCUGGGUCAAGAGGCACCUGGUCCCGGACUGCUUCGUGCCCAAGGAGAAGCACGUCGCCUUCGACGACGACACGGGCAGCGUGCGGCGCUACCGCCUCGAGCUCGACGAGGAGGCGCCCUGCGAGAAGCGCGGGUGCGGCCGCCGCCGCAGGGGCUGGUUCGCGUGGAAGCGCUCCAAGACGGCCUGA